AUGGGUAGAAAAGCUAAAUUCAAUGAUGGCGUGCUUGUUAAAAAAGGCCCCGGAAAAAAAGCCAAGAAGCAGAAAGAUCCAAUUUUUCCAAAAAGUUUAAAUGUUUCUGAUGAUGCAGACAAAAAACUAAGCUCAAGACAAAAAAAGAGAUUUAAGAGAAGGGAAGAAAAAAAGGCAGAAUUAUUAGAAAAAAGAAAACAAAAUCAGAAAACCAAGAAAGAAGGAAAGUCCGACUAUAAGAAGGGCAAAGGACCACUUGCACCUCCAAACCAAUAUUUCAGUGAAUCUGAAAGUGGAGAUGAUGAUGAAAUAGAUGAAGAUGAAACAGAUGCAGAAUCUAUGCAUGAAGAAGCAAGUGGAUCUGUAGAAGAAAUCAAUGUUAAAGGCUUCUCUGAUGAUAAUCAAGCUUGGCUUAGACCUAAGUCUAGGAAAGGAUUUAGGCCUCCAUCAAGUGAUGAAGAACAAGGGGGAGAAGAAAAAAGUGACGAAGAUAUGGAAGAAGAACAAGAUUCAGAAGAUCAUGAUUUUACUGUAGAAAAAUUGAAUGAUUUGUCUGAUAACGAAGAUGACGAAUUUGACACUGAUACCGCUGAUGAAGAAGAGGAUGAUACGAAUACCGAAGAUGCAGAUGAUGACUUGUUGCCAAUUGAAAAACAAAACAUCAAAUUGAAGAAAAAACAAGCCAGAAUACAAAAAGAAUCUGAUGCUGAAAUGCAAUCGAUCAUUUCUGAACAAGCCACAUUCCAGUUCCCUUCAAAGGAUUCUGAAGAAGUUGUAUCAUUACAGGAUGUGCAACAAAGAAUUCGUGAAGUAAUCUUUGUCUUAUCCGACUUCAACAAACAUCGGGACAGCAAUCACUCGAGAAGCGACUAUAUUGAACUUAUAAGAAACGAUUUGUGUACAUAUUACAGUUACAAUGAAUUUUUAAUGGAGAAAUUUAUGCAGCUGUUUCCGCUGUCUGAACUAUUAGAAUUUCUAGAGGCUAGUGAAGUACAAAGGCCUUUGACUAUUAGGACUAAUACCUUAAAAACUAGAAGGAGAGAUUUGGCACAGGCCUUGAUUAAUAGAGGAGUAAAUUUGGAUCCUAUUGGAAAAUGGAGCAAGGUUGGUUUAGUAGUAUAUUCUGCUGUAGUUCCCAUGGGUGCAACCCCAGAAUACCUUGCAGGACAUUACAUUAUCCAAGGAGCAUCCAGUUUUUUACCAGUAAUGGCUUUGGCUCCACAAGAAAACGAAAAAGUUUUGGAUAUGUCUGCUGCUCCUGGAGGUAAAGCUUCCCAUAUUGCUGCUAUCAUGAAAAAUACUGGGGUGCUAUUCGCUAAUGAUUUAAAUAAGGAUCGCAUCAAGGCGGUGGUAGGGAACUUCCACAGAUUAGGAGUAAUGAACAGUGUUAUAACUUGUAUGGAUGGCAGGAAAUUUCCAAGUUUGAUGAAGGUUUUUUUUGAUAGAGUUUUAUUGGAUGCGCCUUGUACUGGUACUGGAGUAGUUGCCAAAGACCAAAGUGUCAAGACUAGUAAAGAUGAAAUUGAUAUUCAAAGAUGUUAUAAUUUACAAAGACAGCUAUUAUUGGCUGCUAUUGAUUCUGUUCAUGCCAAAUCAUCUACUGGAGGUUACAUUGUCUAUUCCACCUGUUCAGUAUUACCAGAAGAAAACGAAUGGGUCAUAGAUUUUGCUCUGAAAAAGCGUAAUGUUAAAUUGGUGGAUACUGGUUUAGGAUUUGGUACAGCAGGAUUUACAAAAUACAGGCAUUUAAGAUUCCAUCCAACAAUGAACCUUACUCGAAGAUUUUAUCCUCACGAGCAUAACUUGGACGGUUUCUUUGUUGCCAAAUUGAAAAAGUUCUCUAAUGUCAUACCAACGAGCGAUGAUUCUGAAGUUGUAGAAGAUUUCAAUUUUAAUGAAGAUAUUUUAAAUGAAGAGGAGGAAGUCAAUGAGAAACAGAAUAAGAAAAGCAAGCAAAACCAACAAGGCAAUGAUAAAAAAGGAAAAAACUCGAAUAAAGAGAAGUCUCACAAAAACCAAGUAGGUAGUAAAGAAAAAGGAAAAAAGGGAAAAAAUUUGAAUGGCAAUGAAACUAACAAGACUGACGACAUUGAAAAACCUACAACCUCAAAAAAUAAGAAAAAUAAAUCCAAAAAAACGGAUAUUACAACAAAUAAAGUAAACUGGGACGAAGUACCAAAAAAGGUAGGUGUCAAACUUAACAAAAAAGUGAAGAAAGACAGCAAAAAGAAAACAUUUGGUGAACUUAAACAGAAGAAGGAAAAAUUUAAUGUUAAUCGAACGGACAGGAAGUUUAAGAAAAACAGAAAUUGA